AUGGAUACAGCAGGUAGGAGAGAGGAGUCUGAAGAGGAGGAGGAAGAGGAGGAAGAUCAGAUGGAUGCUUUCUAUCCUCAGGCUCUCGGGGGCUUCAUCAUGGUGAUGACGGAGGAGGGAGAGCUGAUCUACCUGACGGAGAGCGUCAGCAGACACAUCGGCCUCACGCAGCUGGAGCUGCUGGGUCAGAGUGUUUAUGACUUUGUUCAUCCCUGUGAUCAGGAGGAGCUCAGAGACCUGCUCACUACACGUCCAGGUUUACGUAAGAAACCGCUGGCAGAACAGCCGAGUGAGAGGAACUUCUUCCUGAGAGUGAAGAGCACGCUGACCAGCAGGGGGCGCACCGUCAACAUCAAGUCUGCUGCCUGGAAGGUUGUCCACUGUACGGGUCACCUCCGUCAGCUGGGCGGGGGCUCCACGUCGCCCCCUGCAGGCAGAGUGAUGACCCUGCUGUGUGAGCCAAUCCCUCACCCCUCCAGCGUGGAGUUCCCUCUGGACACCUGCACCUUCCUCACCCGCCACAGCAUGGACCUGCGCUUCACCCACUGCGAGGGCAGGGUGACAGAGUUGGUGGGAUACAAACCUGAAGAUCUGAUUGGCUGCUCAGCCUACAAGUUUUAUCAUGCACUUGACUCUCAUCACGUCAACAAGAGCCUGCAGACACUGCUGUCUAAAGGCCAGGUGAGCACCAGACAUUACCGCUUCCUGGCGAACAGCGGGGGCUUCGUGUGGGCGGAGACCCAGGCCACCGUCCUCUACAGCAGCAGGACGUCGCUGCCCGAGGCCGUGGUCUGCCUCAAGUUCAUCCUCAGCGGUGUGGAGCAGCCGGACGUGGUUUUCUCCGUGGAGCCCCGCUGCGGCCGGCUGCCUGAAGCUGAGCCCCAACCAGCAGAGGAUUCUGGGAUUUCUGACCUCAGCCAGUCUGACUCCGGCAGGAGGAAGGAGGAGCUUCUGAAGGAGGCUUCAGAGGCGGAGGACCCCAUCACCCCGCUGACAGGAGAUUUCUUGGAGCUGUCGUUCUGCAGUCCCUGCGGUCAGUGCUCUGUGCCGGAGCACCCUCAGGACCUGUGCACCCCCCAGCUGCGUCAGCUGCUCUCACCCAUCUUCAGCCCCCUCACUCCACCUUCCUCAUCCUCACCCUGCUCCUCCCCUGAGGAUCAGCUGGAGGUGAUGGAUCUGCAUAUGUUGGCUCUGUAUAUCUCCAUGGACGAUGACUUCCAGCUGAGCGUCCUCAGCAGUGUGCCGGAGGACGACAAGCCCUCCUCCUCUAAAGCGUCCGCUGGGAGGCCGGCAGACACAGCCAGCAGGAAACGGACUCAUCACCCAGAUGAGGAGUUGCUGAUGAUUCAGGACAAGAGACAGAAAGCGGAUCCUUCCUCCAUAGAAGAGGAACUGCUGCUCAGCCACAGACUGCUGGACUGUCUGGAGGAAAUCAACCAAUCAGAUUGCUUCGUGCAGCCGGGCCCGCUCACAGACAGAGACCCUGUUCUGGGGGCCAUGCAGGGACUUUGUGAUACUGCAGAUUUCACUCGGUCACUCGUUGUACUCGGUGUUCAAGACUGUGACUUCCUGUCUGUAAAGUGUCCUCAGACCCUGGACAGCUGUUGA